GUACCAACUAGUCUGAUGCGCUGAGAGAAGUUGCACUUCCCGAGGCGCUUCGUAUGGAGUAUGGCACGAUGUAGAGCUUAAAGAUUGGGUCAAGUCACCCUUUCUAGACCAAGCCUUCAUAAGAUUAACAAAUUUUUACAAAUGGUCAUGGACCACUAUAGGAAUAGGAAUAUCGUGCUGACUUGGGCACUUCUUGCGGCUGCUGUAUCAGCAAUCGGGGCUAGCUACCCAACAAGACCACAGGACUUAACUACUCCUGUACAACAACGGAUUGCAAUCAGUGCACCACAUGCCGUAUCGAUUGGCUGGAACACAUAUCAGAAACUUGACAGGCCAUGUGUCAAUUAUGGUACUACUGCUACCAAUCUCACCAAACAGACCUGCUCCAGCAACUCCAUAACAUAUCCCACGUCUAGAACAUAUUCCAAUGCUGUGACACUGACCGACCUUUCGGCGGCGACGACUUACUACUAUAAGAUCGUGUCCACCAACUCCACCGUGGACCACUUCUUCAGCCCCCGGGUCGCCGGUGACUGUUCCUCUUUCACCAUGAACACUAUCAUCGAUCUUGGCGUCUACGGUGUUGAUGGAUACACCAUCGACAUGGACGAAACCAAACGCGAUAUCAUCCCGAACAUCCAACCCUCCCUCAACCACACAACCAUCGGCCGUCUCGCUACCACCAUUAACGACUAUGAAGUCAUCCUCCACCCCGGCGACUUCGCCUACGCCGACGACUGGUACCUCAAGCCCAAAAACAUUUUCGACGGUCAAAAUGCCUAUGAGGCCAUAAUCGAGCAAUUCUACGACCAACUGGCUCCGAUUGCGGCCCGCAAGCCGUACAUGGCAAGCCCAGGCAACCAUGAGGCCGCAUGUCAGGAACUCCCGCACACGACUGAGCUCUGCCCCGAAGGCCAGAAGAACUUCACCGAUUUCAUGAAUCGCUUCGGUGCUACCAUGCCCUUUGCGUUCUCCUCCACCUCGAGCGACGAGACCGCGCGAGUUGACGCGAACAUAGCCAAACAACUCUCUAAUCCCCCGUUUUGGUAUUCCUUCGAGUAUGGCAUGGUGCACGUCACAAUGCUCGACACAGAAACAGAUUUCCCGAGCGCACCGGACGGGCCGGGUGGUAGCGCCGGCCUGAACGGUGGACCCUUCGGAGCACCGAAUCAGCAGCUGGAUUUCCUGGCGGCAGAUCUGGCGAGCGUGGAUCGCGGUGUGACACCGUGGGUUGUGGUUGCGGGGCAUCGGCCAUGGUACUCGACAGGCGAUACUGGGUCUCGAUGUGCGCCAUGCCAGGCUGCCUUCGAGCCACUGCUUUACAAGUACGGCGUUGAUAUAGCGGUUUUCGGCCACGUGCAUAAUUCACAACGUUUUCUGCCGUUGUAUAAUGGAACGGUGGAUCCGAAGGGGAUGAGUAAUCCAGUGGCGCCGAUGUAUAUUGUAAGUGGUGGCACGGGGAAUAUAGAGGGCUUGAGCAAGGUGGGGAGUAAUUACACGGGGAAUGUGUUUGCGUAUGCGGAAGAUUUCAGCUACGGUCAAUUGGAGUUUGUGGAUAGAGAGAGGUUGAAAGUGAGAUUUCUGAGGAGUGAGACGGGGGAGGUAUUGGAUGAGAGUCUGCUCGUCAAGGAUCAUACAGAAAGAUUUAUACGGCACUAGGUGGCACUGGUAGAGGAUGUAUGCUGCAAUUGAAUUGGAAUUCUCAUGUGCUU